AUCAGCAAUUACUCAUUCACUCAUCUCAGUCAGGAGAAAAUGUCGAAGUAAAUGUGACACUGUGUGCUGUGCUUUAAUUUUAUUUCAUUGAAUGCUUCUUCGCUAAGAAACAGGUGUAAAGUCAAAAUCAUCACAAAAUUUCAAAACAAAUUAAUUCACCAUUUAUGCUAUAAGUGUUUUAAAAGCUUCUAUUCUGAUUAAGUGUUGUGUUAUAAAUAAAAAAUACUGCUUCGUGGGUAAAUGUCGUUAAACAUCAAGAAACAAGUGCUAAAAAGGAUACUCUGGGUUAACGCCGAAACGCGCCGGUUAUGACUUAGGCCAUGCUAUAAAAAUGGAAGUGAUCAAUAUAGAUGAGGGCCGCUAUGAGCAACGAGACCUUCUACCAAGCAGCAGCGGCUCUAACACUUCCAGCAUCACCGAGAGCAACUACAGCAGCGAGCAAUCAAGCGAUGACUUGGACAAGUCAGACGAAGAAGACUUAAGAGAAGACCUACAGAAAACCAUUAGAGAAUGCUACAAAUCCGACUCGAACUUCACAUCACAAUCUACAGACAUCACAAACGACGAAGAGUUCCAAGCUACAGCGCUAUGCCAAUUUAUGGAUAUUUUAAAUGACUUAGAUGAAGUUUUAGACAAAUCUCUGCUUGCAUGCCUCGACGACGGAGCUAAGAAUUAUGAUAGCGAUGAAGGAGACCUUAUUUGUAAGAUUAAAGAAUGCAUAGGGGAUGCUGGCCAUUCCGCACACUGUUCCAUUGAUGAUAAUGCUCAAGUAAUAACUGCAACUGUCGCUCGCGAAGAAGCAACUAACAUUCCUGAAAGACCUCUUGCUCUUGGCCGGUCUAAAAGCUUUACGGAACUUUCUGGAAAUCAUAGAGAAGUCCCAUUAGAACGUGCAGGCACGACGAAUGAAAACUUACGGAGUUCAAUGCGUCGUCUAGACCCGAUUGUGCUUCCGGCUAUAUCGACUGAGGAAUCAAAUGAACCGUUAACAUUACCUGUGAUCUUAUUUCUGGAGCAUCAUGUGAAUUUGAGGCCGACCAGUGCUCCGAUACAGUUGCAAGUGACAGCGGCUAACUUGAGUAGUGAUGGGGCGUCGGGUCCUUUGAUAGUUGGUCGUAGGGCUUUGCUCAUGAACCGGGCUUUGAGCCUGCCGUCACCGGGCGAUAGUGAUGUGACUGGGGAUUGGACGGGGCGCAGUGCUAGGAGCACGGCCCGGAGCUCGAGUUCGUCGAGCGAUUCUAGUGAGAGUUUGACUGGGGUCCCUGCUCCGGAACAAACUGCUAUUGGUGCCACAGAAGACAGAAACGAUGAGACUGAAGAGCCGCCGUUCGGUGUAUGGCCGCACCGCAUGAGCGCCAUGCUAGCUUGCCUGAGUUGUACCGUCGGAAUAUUCAACAUUUCCCGCUUCGCCAUAUUCAGUGUCCAUUUCGGAGCUAACUUCAUCAUACAGUUCCUUAUACUGUCACUUUUGAUCGGUAUCCCACUAUUCACUCUCCAUCUCUGCCUAGGCCAAGUCCUAGAAUCAGGUCCAGUAGACAUGUGGCGGAUAUCACCCAUAUUCCAAGGAGUGGGAGUCUCAAUGCUGAUCAUGCAGACAGUGACGGGCAUAUACAGUAUUAUAGGGCUGUCCUGGAUUUUCGUGUACUUCAGAGACUCGUUUAUUACGUCGAAUGAUAGAUACAAAUGGGCGCUGCCGCAUGAGUUUAAUUUUGAUGAUUCAGGAGGAAAAAACGCAAGCUUCAAGAUCCAAGACACAUUACCACAAUAUUUUCACGGAGAGGUUUUGCAGAAGAACCAAGGUGCUAGUGGCCUUGGGACGAUAAAGUUCCAAGUGGCGUUUAAUCUGGCUGUAGUUUGGAUGAUUGUCUUCGUGGCGCUUAGUAAAGGACUACGGUCAUAUGGCAAGGCCGUCUACAUGCUAAUAUUCCUUCCAAUGUGCGGCACGCUGGUCCUCUGUACGAAGCUACUGACGCUCAUACCCUACGACUCUGUCACAAAUAUAUUCUCGGAGACUGACUGGAGUGAAUUCUUCAAGAACGGCCAUAGUUGGACGGCAGCUGCCCAAGAAACCUUCCUAACCUGGGGCCUCCUCGGCGCCUGCGUGAUGCAGCUAACCUCACACAAGAACGCAAAAACCAAAAGCAGCAAAGUGCUGCAGAAAGAGAGCGCGUGUAUAGUGGCCUUUACAUUCGCCGUGUUACUGCUAGCUUCGUUCCUGGCUAAUACUUGCGUGCAGAUACUGAAGAACUAUGGAUACGCGUAUAUACCGGGGAGCUAUGAAACUGUCGAGUCCACCCAAUUCCUCUGGCCCACCUCCGAGCCUCUACCCGGCAAAGUUGUGUCCCUACCCGUCCGUAACCGGGGCCACUACGCAAGUCUUGUAGGAGUUACAGUAUGGAAGACUGAUAACGCGGCGAAGCUCACGCUCAGUGGCUGGCAGCCUUUGCAGUUAGCGACGCAAAUUGUGCCUGCUACGCUUGCUGUAUUACCUGCAAAUGUGCUAUCACCAGCCUGGGCAGUAAUCUUCUACUUCAUUCUGAUCAUGUUCGGAAUAGCACAGCAGCUAGCCAUAUGGCAUUGCGUGAUAACCGGCAUCAUGGCUAUCAACGCCGAAGCUCUGAAAGUUUGGGAGACCACCAUCACAUUCCUCAGCUGUGUCAUCGGACUUGGCGUAGGACUUGUUUUUACUACCGAUGCGGGAGUCCGUCUCGUCCACUUCAUAGACUACGUGUGGGUGGGGUCCUGGGUGACCUGCGCCGUGCAGGUGGCCCUGACCGUGGGCGUGUUCGUGGUCCGCGGGCGGCCGUACUCCGCCGACAAAGUGGUCACCGCGCUAUACUCGGCGCGGACGAGGACUGAAACUGCUCUGGCGACGUUGCUCAGCUUCACGUGGACCGUGGCGCUGCCUGUUCUACUUUGUGCUAUCAGUGUAAUGGAUUUCCGAUGUGGGCAACAGAGGCAGCUCUACAGCUGGAGGAAACCCGCAGGGUACUGGCCAGUAUGGGCGCGACAGACAGCGGUGGCGUUACAACAAGGGGCAUUGCUGUGUGUGCCGGCCGCUGCCUUCGUGCAAACAUGGAGAUAUAUGAGCAAAGGCCCGCCUGAUAUUUUAGAUGAAUAUGAAGAGUACAGGAGUGCGAACAGUGAAUGUUUGGAGGAGUUGCGUAUCCAGAACCUCUACCGGCCGCCGCUCGGGCGCUUGGGCGCCGCGCCGGCCUCCCCGCGCGCCGCGCCCGCCGCGCCCGCGCCCGCGCCCGACCCGCCGCCCAAGUACACGCCGCCGCCCUCCUACUCCACCGCCACCGGCGCGCGCCUGCUCAACACCAUACGACGCAGCUUCCGCACGCUCAGAAGAAUAACCUCCGCCCGCUCGCCAUCCCCCUCGCACUCAACAACCGCGCCCAUCACCCUGAGCGAGACGGUCGACCGCGCCUCCCCCCCGCGCUACUCCCCGCCCACGCUCACCCUCGCUCACGAGACGCCAUCCACCUCUCUCUCUAGAGACUUUCUCCGUCGCUCCUUCGUACGUAAGAGCGACUCCGCUAAAAGCAUACGUUCUAGUCUCCGGCGCAGCUUCAAGUAUGGCGGAGGACUAACAACCAGCCACGAGCACUUAGUGCGCGAAGCGGAACCCAUCUCCAACACUGUGGCGAUGGCCGCCAUGUUAAAUGCCGGGGACGCGGACGACGGUGCAAGCAGUCGGGCUUCUGUCAUAUAACAAUGUUAAAAACGUUAAGCUCAAUUUAUGGUAAUCGAAUUUGUGACAAAAUAUGAAACAACAAUAUUACAAAUAUCACAAAAAAUUACAUUCAGAAGAAUUACCGGAUUUAAUGAAGCCCAGCUCUUCUAUCUCAAAAUUAUAGACACUUCCAAUAAUAGAUUUGUAACGAAAUGCCGUCAUAUUACACUAAUUUCAAAAAAUUCAAAAUUAGAAACACAAUCACUACCACAUAAAAAAUUGCAGAAACAGGUCCUAAAUAAGCGCCCGCUUGUAUGGUGAAAACCCGCCUAGCGAGUUCUCCAGCAUCUGAGCAAAGGUCACGAGUGCCCACCAGGCGGGUUCCCGGUUGCGAAAGUGUUAAAGGCCGGCCUUUAAUGCACCUACAUCUGGUGAAUCGUGUGUCCAUGGGCGGCAGUGAUCGCUUAUCAUCAGGCGACCUGCCUCAUAAAAUAAAAAAUAUAUACAUUCCUACUUCACAAUUUUGCAUUAAUUGUAAGAUAACAACAAAUAUAGUAUGUGCUAUCUUUUGAACCUUAUUUCAAUUAAGGUUGAAAAUGAUACGUACAUGUAGGACAACAAAUUUUGGCAUAAAUACUUAUAAGACUUGAUAUUAGUGAUCGUCAGAACCAAGAUUGGGUUUAGUGAGUAUAGACUACCCAGUGUAUUAUGGAUUGGGAUGUAACAGACCUAAAGAGGCAUUAGAAGUAAACUAAAGUGUGCUUAACGAAAUGUAUAACGAAUGAAUAGAUUUGAUUGUAAGAUCUGAAUUAUCUUUGAUAAUCGAAUUCUAAAUGAUAGAAUAUGAAUUAAACAGUAUUGUUUGUAUAAGUCGUCCUGAUUAGUGAAAAGUUUUAGUAUCAAUGAUGGUGUCAAACUGUAGUAUACCAUACAGUUAUUUUAAAUCCAUUAUUUAAUUUAUUACAUCAUCAUAUUUAUCACUUUCCUUUUAAUCACAAUAUUUUAUUGAAAGCGUAUACUUUAUUAUAAUAUUCCACCAUCGUAUUUCGUCGGAAACGUUCGUAUUAGUUGUUCUAGUUCGGUUUACGUUAGUACUAGUACUUCUUGUACUGACGACUGAAAUAGCACGACUCGCUCGUUCGUUUCCGUGAAAAUACUGAGGAAAAACAUUUCGUACUACAUCUGUAUAGAUUAGCUGAAUUUCAUUUUAUUGAAUCUGUAGGCAGACGGU